GCAGGGUACAGAUGUCAGAAUUAGUCGGAAUGUUGAGUAAAUAUAAAUAAAUUUAGUUAUAUCGCCUUGCUGCGAACAAAUGCAGCAUUGGUGCACUUCGUUCAGGCGGGUCACUGGGCAGUCUGACGGUAUUGCUAAAGUUCAUGUUCAAUAUAUUUCCAUGUCAUUAAAGAUGAUCGUGUUAUUGAAUUAAACAUUUAAUUUUGUUUGCAAUAUUUCCAUGUAUUGAUACGACUUAGAUCUGAGGAAAAAAAAUUCUACAAGAUGUCUCGUUCCUUGUUAAGUUAUGAAACCCUCGUGCACGCUAUGGCAGGGGCUACGGGGAGUGUUGUUGGCAUGACUGUCUUCUAUCCACUAGAUAUACUGAGAUCAAGACUUCAAGUUGAUGAAUCGGACAAGUUAAAAGGAUCACCAUGGGAAUUACUCUUGCGCCUUGCAAAUGAUGAAGGCAUUCUUUCAUUGUACCGUGGGCUGGCACCUGUUUUGCAAUCACUUUCAGUUUCAAACUUUGUUUAUUUUUAUACUUUCCAUGCACUAAGAAGAAGAACACCAAAAAGUAAUUCUGCUCUUCAAGAUCUAAUGUUUGGAAUUUUAGCGGGAGUAUUUAAUGUCCUCAUAACUUCUCCUCUUUGGGUUGUUAAUACUCGGAUGAAGUUAGAAAAAAACAACUAUGGCAGUCUUGUUGAAGGUUUGUGGGAAGUUUAUAAGAAAGAAGGAGUGCGCGGUCUGUGGUCUGGCACAGUGCCCUCCUUGCUUUUGGUUUCCAAUCCAGCCAUCCAGUUUAUGGUUUAUGAAACAAUGAAAAGGAAAUUACUGUCUGCUGGUAAAUUUGACAAUCUUACAGCUUUUAUUGUUGGUGCAUUGGCUAAAGGUGUGGCAACAUCUUUAACUUAUCCCCUACAACUAAUACAGUCUAGACUGAGGGCCGGUACUAGUAUCAAACCCUUAUUGAAAGAUAUUAAAUCCAAACCCUCAAUAGCAUUCCGUGGCCUUGAAGCAAAGCUUUUGCAGACUGUGUUGACAGCUGCUUUAAUGUUUCUCAUAUAUGAAAAGCUAGUCAGAUUAGUUCUAGCAAUUAUGAGAGUGAAAAUUGUAAAGCGACAAUAAGCUUGUCAUUUUCAAAUACUCUUGUUAUGUUUUUAUCUCAAUUUAAUUUUAUAGCAAAAACUUUUUAGGCGUUCUCUCCAGUCCUUUAUAAAUUCUUAGAACUAUCAAAAACUGCAUCUAAUAUAAUAUGUUCC